AUGGCUGCUUCAGAGGAUACCAGAGCGCCACAGCUGUUGUUCGUCAAUCCAACUCCUCAUGUGCCAAAUUCCCACCUGCCUGUUCUAUUCUACCGCUCAGUCUUCGAGAACGUCAACGAGGAGGCCAUCCGUACAGCUAUCGAAAAGCAUGGCUGGAUGAAAGGAGGACAGUGGGGAACAUACAAAGUCCCGCACUUUCACACCACUACACAUGAAUGCUAUGCUGUUCUGAAAGGCAAAUGCAGUUAUGGUCUUGGAAGAUCACCACUUGAUCAAGGUCAGGGUGAAGACAAGGGCACAGGUAAAGUGAUCCAGAUCACUCAAGGUGAUGUCUUCGUGCUUCCUGCGGGGGUUAGCCACGCUGCAAUCGAGUCCGAGGACGAAUUUGAGUAUGCAGGGUUCUACCCGGAGGGAUCAGUAGAAUAUGACAUGAACUUCUGUGAAGGAUCACCAGGAGAGACCGAAAAGAAGGCAGCAAACUCGGCCAAAGUUCCUGUCCCCAAGACAGACCCAGUAUAUGGCGAGUCUGGACCUCUGCCUGGGAUAUGGUCGGAGGUGGAUCGAAACCGAGGCUGA